UUGUAAUUAAUUUUUCUUUCAUUAUUAUUAAUUUGUUCAAUUUUUUUGAAUAAUUAGGGUUCUUGUUAACCCUAGUUACUACUAUAACCAAUGAUUUGACACAAAUUCUUGUUGUGAAUACGGCAUAAGGAUUGUCUUAAGCCUUUUGAAGAUGGCAUGUUUUGGAUGUCUUUUCCGAAAGAAGGCUUCUCGAUUUCGGAAAGGAAAAAGUACCUUGGGGGCGAGUAAGAGGAAUCUGGGGACAAGUAAAAACCUUUCGAGGGCAAGUAAAAACCUUUCAGGGACAAGUAAAAACCUUUCGGGGAGUAGUAAAAGGCCCGAGUCGUCGAAAAAGGGUAAAGAAUCCAACAAUGUGGUGGUGCAGAAGUCACCUCGAGUACCUCACACCAACUCAGUCAAAAUGACUGAGCUUCGAAAGAAGAUCAUGAGCUUUAGAGAGUUUGUUGAUUUGCCUCCUUGUGUCAAUUCUUCAGCGAUUUUAGAGUUGGUCAAAGAUACGGUGAAAGAAGUUCGUAAGUUAUAUCCUGAUGUCGUGCAUUGUAUUUCAUUAUCAGAUUCAGAAGGACCUAUGAAUAAGGCGAUACAAGAGCUUUGUGAGUCUAUCAAGUCUCUUGGAAAGCAUUGGAUGCAUAGUGAUGAAUGGAUGGUCAAAUCUGGAAUGAAUAAUGAAGAUAAUGGUGAUUUAGAAAAACGUGCUCUGGCUUUGCUUGACGACAUAAUUAAGGUUGCAAGAGAGAGGGCACAUAAUCUGAAGGAAGAUGUAAAAUCACCUUCUAGUUCAUGUGGGAAGUCUUCUACAAGGUCAUCUUCAGACAAAGCAAGAUUACUAUCUUCACCAACAACCUCAACUUCAGGUCUCCAGGAGUUUCAAAAUAACAAAUCUGCUAAGAUGGACUUGGAUGAAGCAAAUAAAGUUAUAAAUUCCAUUGAUCAGUCGAAUAACAAGGAAGAGGCAAAGGACUCUGCAGUAGUCGAAGAUGACGAUGAAAGGGUGAAUAAAUAUGAGACUUCUGAUGGCAAUGUAACAGUGCAAAUGAAAAUCUCGAUACCAUCAUCAUCUCUAAAAUCAAUUGUAGAUUCAGAAAAUGUACAGUUGAUUCCGACUUCAGGGUCGCCAUCAUCAUCAUCUGAAAGGCCGUCCAUUUCAGCAUCCAUCGUGUCCCAGUCACCGCAACUAUUGGUUGCAGAAGCAAGUCAAUCCCUACCAUCACAGCAUUGUGAGAAGACGGAGAUAUCACCACCAAUUUUACUGUCAGAACAUAUACAUUCGCCUAAGAUUAGCACAAACCAUGAAGAAGCAUCGUCGCCCACAACACUAGGAGUUCUUCCUCCACCUCCGCCGCCACCUCCACCGCCUCCAUUUCUCUUGGUGGAAGAAAAUGAUAUAGCAACAUCAGUGCCACCUCCACCUCCACCACCACCACCACCACCAACCUCAAUGAACACAAGUAGUACAACUUCACUAUCACCUCCACCGCCGCCGCCGCCACCACCACCGCUACCCUCAGUGAUCACAAGUAAUACAACAUCAUUGUCACCUGCACCACCAACACCACCUGUACCACCUGCACCACCCCCAUUGAGGACAACUGGCACAGCAACACCGCCCCCACCUAUGGCACCAGGCAGUGGCAUGCCUCUGGCAAUAGGAGCACCACCUCCACCGCCACCGCCUCCCGGGGCAACUGGAAGGCUUCCACCAUCACCUCCCCCAUCUAUAGCGUCAUCAGAUGAGUCGGACCCUGCAGCACUACCACCAGUGCCACGAGGCAACAGAGGUGCUCCACCACCACCCCCUGCUAUUGGUGGUGGUGGCAAAUUACUACGUAAAUCAGUUAGUAAAUUAAAGAGAUCGUCUCAGAUGGGAUGUCUGUACCGUCAACUUAAGGCAAAGGUUGAGGGAUCGGGUACGAAGACUAAAUCAUUACAAAAGAAACCCAGCAAAGUCGGAGCAGUUUCUGGUGGUGACGAAAAGAAAGGAAUGGCCGAUGCAUUAGCAGAGAUGACAAAAAGGUCAUCAUACUUUCAGCAAAUUGAAGAAGAUGUUAAAAAUUAUUCUGAUUCCAUCAAGGAAGUGAAAGCGGCUCUGGUAUCUUUCCAAACAACAGACAUGGAUGAGCUGAUCAAGUUUCACAAAUAUGUGGAAUCUCAUCUUGAGAAACUAACCGAUGAAACACAGGUUCUGGCAAGGUUUGAAGAUUUUCCCAGCAAAAAGUUGGAAGGAUUGAGAAUGGCUGCAGCAUUAUACUCGAAGUUAGAUGCAAUUGCCACUACUUUACAAAAUUGGGAGGUAGAGCCUCCAGUGAACCAAGUUAUUGAUAGAAUUGAGAAUUACUUUAAUAAGAUCAAAGAAGAACUUGAUACACUAGACCGAACAAAAGACGAGGAAAUCAAGAAAUUUAAAAGUCAAAAGAUUCAUUUUGAUUUCAGUAUACUUAUCAGAAUCAAAGAACUGAUGGUGGAUCUUUCCUCAAGCUGCAUGGAAUUGGCACUAAAGGAAAAGAAAUUGGCAAGUGUAUCAAAAAAGAAUAGCAAGAAAGCGAGUUCAGGGAGAGUCCUUUGGAAAGCGUUUCAGUUUGCUUUUCGGGUUUAUUCAUUUGCAGGGGGACAAGAUGAUCGUGCUGACAACUUAACAAAAGAGCUCGCACAACAAAUACAAGCCGACACUGCUCAGUAGUAUAUACCACUUUUUGAAAAAAAGAACAUAACUUUUCAUGUAUAUAUGUAUAGUGAACAAAGCUUGUAGCACAAUAUUGAGUCAUUUAGGGCGAUUGAUUGCAUUCACAAAGAGAGUAUUGUUAUAUAUAUGUUUGUGUCAGUGUGUGUGUAUAAAAUUGAACUUGCAACAUCAGUAUUUAACAUCUA